CAAACAUCUCAUUCGAAGUAUCCGUUAGAAUCUAAGAGAGAGAAAUCGCCAAUAAGAAGAAGCAGACGAAGAAGCAGAGAGAGAGAGAGAGAGAGAGGCAUUAAAACCUGAAGAGGAAGCAGAUGACUUUUCCGAAAAUGAUGUCAUUUCGCGAGAAGACCCCGAGGAGUCCGAAAUCGCCGCUGAGAAGGAGACGGUCGAGCUGGACGAGCUCAUGGCUCAACAAUUCGACAACGUCCUUCAAGCAAGUCGUCUCCGCCGUGAUGCAGUCUCAAUCCCCAAGAUCCAUCUCAAAACCCCAAACCCCCACCGACUUCGAAUUCUCCUCCAACACCGAUCGAACCCUCUCCUUACCCGAUUCCCUCCUCCUCAAAAUCCUCCACAAGCUUCCCGAAUCCCAGAACGACGACGUUUCCCUCGUCUGCAAACGCUGGCUGAAUCUCCAGGGACGGCGGAUUGGGACUCUAAGAGUUCUCGAUUUGGACUUCCUCUUGUCAGGGAAGCUCCUCUCGAGAUUCCCCAAGCUCACCAAUGUCGAUUUGUCUAACGCCUGUAUCUACCCGUCCCGAAACUCAGCUAUCUUGCUUUCCCAAAAAUCGAUUUCGUUUCGUGUUUCUUCGAAUUGGGACUUCGUUGAGGAGAAUCUAUUGCACAGCGAAACGGUUGAUAGAGGUCUUAGGGUUUUAGGAAGAGGAAGCUGUGACUUACUCAGACUCGUUGUGAUUAACGCUACUGAAAUGGGUUUACUCGGUUUAGCUGAACAGUGUUGUGAUCUGCAAGAGCUUGAAUUGCACAAGUGCAAUGAUAAUCUCUUGCGUGGUAUCGCUGCUUGUGAGAAUCUGAGAGCCUUGAGGUUGGUGGGAAGUGUAGAUGGGCUGUAUACUUCUUCUGUUUCUGAUAUUGGUUUAACGAUAUUAGCUCAAGGGUGUAAGAGACUUGUGAAGCUUGAGCUUAGUGGCUGUGAAGGUAGCUUUGAUGGGAUUAGAGCCAUUGGGCAGUGUUGUGAAUUUCUUGAAGACUUUACCGUUUCUCACCACAGGAUGGAUGAUGGUUGGAUAGCUGCGCUUUCUUGCUUUCAGAGUUUGAAGACGCUGACAAUAUCGUCUUGUCCAAAGAUGGAUUCUUGUCCUGGACCGGAGGAGUUGCUGGGGUCUUGUCCGGCUCUGGAGAGUUUGCAACUCAAGAGGUGUUGUCUGAGUGAUAAAGACGGGGUGAGAGCGUUGUUUAAGGUCUGUGAUGGAGCAACGACGGUUCUUAUUCAGGAUUGCUGGGGUUUGGAUGAUGAUUCUUUCAGUUUGGCUAAAGCUUUCAGGAGGGUGAGGUUUUUGUCUUUGGAAGGAUGCUCAGUCCUAACAACAGGCAGUUUAGAGUCCGUGGUUCUGCGCUGGGAAGAGCUCGAGAGCAUGAGAGUAAUGUCAUGUAAGAACAUAAAAGACAGCGAGAUUUCACCAGCACUCUCAUCUUUGUUCUCCCUUCUCAAAGAACUGACUUGGAGACCAGACACAAGGUCUCAUCUCUCAUCCAGACUCCAAGGUGCUGGAAUUGGAAAGAGAGGCAGCAAAUUCUUCAAGAAGAGAUGAUGGCAUUGGAUGUAUCUUUAAGCUGUUGAUGUAGACAAACUCUUUAGUUAUCUUCAUCUUGGGGGCAUUGUAUUACUUUGUUGUAAUUGAUAACACAUUUGUAGUAAGUCUUCAAAACUCUUUAUGUAUUGCAAUGUUUUGUUGUUAUGUAUCCUACUAUAUAAAAGGAGCUAAA